AUGGCUAAAAUUCACGCCUCAUUCGUAUUUCCACUUUUGGUGAUUUCCCUGAUAAACUACCACAUUUUCCGGGUAGAGGCGCGUCAUCUCCUGGAGACAACAUUGCCUGAGGUACCUGAGCUUCCUAAGCCUGAACUGCCACCACUGCCUAAGGUUGAGCUUCCUCCAUUACCUGAAUUCCCAACCUUGCCAAAGCCUGAAAUUCCCACUUUGCCAAAACCUGUAUUGCCUGAAUUGCCACCUUUUCCUCAUCUGCCUGAUGAGCUUCCCAAGCCCACAUUACCUACCAUACCAACUCUUCCCAAGGACAUCACACCACCUCAGUCAACUGCUAGUCCUUAA